UGAGUCAUCAGGAUUCAGGACCGCUUUUGCUUUUGUGGACUUUACUUUGGUUUACCAGAGAGCUCCAGAACAGAGAGGGCGAAUUGUCGAAGGAGACUUGCAGAGAAGUUUGAGCCUUUCAAGUUUAAGCUUACCUGAGGGACUUCUUGGAUUGAAGUAUCGAUCUCUCAUCUCCGACGUGAGAGAAAUCAAUAAACCAGAAGGUAGAUUCUAAACAUAUUGACUUGUUGGAGGAAGCGAUGCCAUCCCGGAAGAUUGAAACGGGUCAUCAAGACCCUGUUCAUGAUGUUGUCAUGGAUUACUAUGGCAAGCGUAUUGCCACUGCAUCAUCUGACUGCACCAUCAAGAUAAUUGCGGUUAGCAGUUCCUCUGCUUCGCAGAAUCUUGCCACUCUCACUGGUCAUCAAGGUCCCGUUUGGCAGGUUGCCUGGGCUCAUCCCAAGUUUGGUUCCAUUCUUGCUUCUUGUUCUUAUGAUGGAAGAGUGAUAAUUUGGAAGGAGGGUAACCAGAAUGAGUGGUCUCAAGCCCAUGUUUUUAAUGAUCACAAGGUAUCUGUCAACUCCAUUGCUUGGGCUCCUCAUGAAUUAGGCCUCUGCCUGGCUUGUGGAUCAUCUGAUGGGAACAUCUCAGUGUAUACAGCCAGGACUGAUGGUGGUUGGGACACCGCACGGAUUGAUCAAGCUCACCCCGUGGGUGUCACUUCAGUUUCAUGGGCUCCUCCAAUGGCUCCUGGUUCCCUCGUUGGAUAUGGACAGUUUGACCCUAUUCAGAAGCUUGUCUCUGGUGGCUGUGAUAGUAAUGUGAAGGUGUGGAAGCUGUACAAUGGGAAUUGGAAAAUGGAUUGCUUCCCUGCCCUUCACAUGCACACUGAUUGGGUGAGGGACGUGGCUUGGGCACCUAACUUGGGUCUUCCCAAGUCUACUAUUGCCAGUGCUUCACAGGAUGGGACUGUAAUUAUAUGGACUGUGGCCAAGGAAGGGGAUCAGUGGGAGGGUAAAGUUUUGAAUGAUUUUAAGACCCCAGUAUGGAGGGUCUCGUGGUCGCUGACUGGAAACAUAUUGGCUGUGUCUGAUGGGAACAACAACGUAACAUUGUGGAAAGAAGCGGUGGAUGGUGAGUGGCAACAAGUAACAACGGUGGAGCCAUAGAGUCCAGGUUCUUCAUUUCUUCAACUGUUAAUAUAUCAUAUAUAUAUAUAUAUAUAUCAUGUUUUGUGUGUUUAAUUUUCACCUGCAGUAUGGCCUUUCUUAUUUUUCUCUUUUUCUUUCUUUUGUCUUCUUUUUUAAAUCAGGGAGUUAAAGAGUGUAUCCAAAUGUUUAGUUCAGAAAUAUUACUUUUGUGAAAGAAAUGGUAGUUGAAAAACAGUUGUAACCCCGGUUUCCUGUUCUAUUUUGAAUGGAGUUAUUUUCCAAUUUAGAUUCUUUUAA